AGUAGGGCACGUCGGGUUGCCGUAGUGCGUCACAUGUUGACUAAGUCUGCUUGCUAGUGCUAACGAAAGCUUGACACAUUUCAUAAAGUCAGGGGUAAAAACCAAGAAUUAUCGAAACAAGUGUCAUGUUUUUAUCGUAGCGCUGUGUUGUGCGCUGAAAUGCGUCACUAUCUGUGUGUAUAAGUAGGUGAAAUACGCCUGUUAUUUUAUAUUUUUAUUCUGACAAGCUAAUGUAGUUAGCCUGUUUGCUAGUCAGGAAGAGUUAACAUAUUACUGUUGGCUUAGUUAGCUGACACAGUCAACAUAGGAGCCAGAAUAUAGAGAGCUCCAGAUGCGGCUAAAGGACCCCUUCUCCUUGAAAGCCGCAGAAAUGACUAAGCGGACGAAUAAACCGAGGAAACCUCGAGAUGAGGAGUCAUCGGAUGAAGUCAGUGGGUUGACUUGCCAGCAUGUGAGUAAAGCUGUGGACCUGAACUCUGUGAAGAAAUCCGUUCUGUCCAACGUGUGGCUCAUGUGCUCUGAAUGCCUGAAGGAGAGGACUAUGAUCGAUGGAGAGCCAGCAGCAUCCAAUGAAAUCCUGGUGUGCUUAAAGUGUGGAUUCCAGGGCUGUAACCAGUCAGAGAUCCAGCACGCAAUCAAGCACCAUCAAUCUUUCCACCCAGAGUCUCACUGCAUCACCAUCAGCCUGAACACAUGGAAGGCCUGGUGUUUUGAAUGCAACGAGGAACUUUCAAUUCACUGCAACAAGAAGGCUUUGGCUCAGACCCUGGACUUUUUACAGAAGCACUCUGUCAAGGCAACAUCAGGUGCAUCACCCAAGAUCAUCAAGCUUCAAGAAGAACCAUCAGACAACAGUGACCCACCCAAAGGCAAAAGUCCCGCCAUUAACAGCACCCUGGUCCCCGUCAAAGGCAUUAACAACCUCGGUAACACCUGCUUCUUCAAUGCUGUAAUGCAGAACCUGUCUCAGACACACAUGCUCAUCGACCUCAUUCAGGAAGUGAAGGAGAAAGGGUACAAGCUGAGGAUCAGUCCCCCUGCUGAGUCCAAUCUGAACCCGUUGAUGGUAUCGCUGUCCAGUCCUGAGCCGCUGACUUCCGCCAUGUUUCUUUUCCUACACAGCAUGAAAGAGGCCGGGAAAGGCCCAGUCAGUCCUAAGGUUCUCUUCAAUCAGCUCUGCCAGAAGGCUCCACGCUUCAAGGGCUACCAACAACAAGACAGCCAGGAGCUUCUGCACUACUUACUAGACUCCAUACGAGUGGAGGAAACUAAAAGAGUGAAAGCAGGAAUUCUGAAGGCUUUCAAUAAUCCCACAGAGAAGACAGCAGACGAGGACACCAAACGCCAAGUCAAAGCAUAUGGAAAGGAAGGUGUGAGGAUGAACUUUGUGGACCGCAUCUUUGUGGGCGAGCUGACCAACACAAUCAUGUGUGAAGAGUGUGAACAUAUCUCCACUGUGAAGGAGGCUUUCAUUGACAUCUCUUUACCCAUCAUAGAGGAGAGGAUAUCCAAACCAUCAAACCCGAGCAGGCUGGGUAAGAGCAGCCGAGAGCAGGACACCCACAUGACUCACAGUGACCAGGUUUUCUCUGCAGCUCACCCAGUCAACAGAAACACCAGGAAGCUAAGUGGACAGAAGCAGCAGAGCAGGAGGUCCUCAAGCUCUCUGGAGGAGAAGGGAGCAGGCUGCAGUGUGGACCGUCCAGAAGAGGAGGGGGUUGCAGGCGGAUCCGCCCGUGGUUUCUCAGUUUGCAAGAUGGCUGUUGCCGGCAGCCUAUCAGACGGCAGUGAAAGAGAUUCAUGUGCCCAGGACAGCAGUAAUGACGCUGACAGUGAAGCCUCAGAGAGCGAGUGGGCCCCACGUAUCUCCUCCUCUAGCCACAGCCAUGGGCACACGUCCACCCAAUCCUCUACCUCUACUCUCACUCCAUCUCCUACACCCGUCUCUGCCUCCUCCUCAUUGUCGUCCUCGAGGCAGGGUGGUGCCGUAGAGCAGCUAGUUACAGCAGUGUCUAAAGUCAACCUUGGGUUCAGCUCUGGGGACUGCUCUCCUUCUACACACUGUUCUCAGGAGGAGCAGGGAGAGACACAUACACGAGAGAACCUCCACCAUCAACCUCACAAGGGGGCUUUCCAGGUGUUGUCCCACAGUUACACACCCAGCUCCAAGGAGUGCUCCAUCCAGUCGUGUCUCCAUCAGUUUACCUCUGUGGAACUGCUGAUGGGGAACAACAAGCUGCUGUGUGAGAGCUGCACUGAACGCAGACACAAGCAGCUGCGCAAGAGCAGCUCAGCGGAUAAAAAGUUGGAAAAGAUUUACACAAGCGCAAGGAAGCAGAUGCUCAUAUCAUCCCUGCCUCCUGUGAUCACAUUACAUCUUAAACGCUUCCAUCAGGCGGGGAUGAACUUAAGGAAAGUUAACCGCCAUGUCGACUUUCCAUUGAUCUUGGAUCUAGCUCCAUUUUGCUCAGCGUCCUGCAAGAACCUGGCUGCUGGUGAGCGUGUCCUCUACAGCCUGUAUGGGAUCGUUGAACACAGUGGCUCAAUGCGGGGGGGACACUACACUGCAUAUGUAAAAGUGCGCUCUCCCCAGAGAAAAACAGACCAGCACCACAGGAACCUGUCAGGUGCGCGAGAUGUGGGGGGCAGCUCCCAGGGCCAGUGGGUGUACAUCAGUGAUACCACUGUUCAGACGGUACCAGAGUCAAGGGUACUCAACUCUCAGGCAUACCUGCUCUUCUAUGAGGAAAUGCUGUAAUAUGACAACAAAAAACAAUCGUGUAACUCUGUUCUUUCUUUGUAUUCUUUUUGUACAUGCCUGUACUGCUCCUCUUGCUGUAUCUGUGAGUAGGUGAGAAAGGGAAAGACUACACUUUUCUUAUAUUUGAGGAAUGAACGAUGUUCUCUUGCAUAGGAAUUCUCACAAUCUGACACAUAUUAAGAUAAAUAUCAAAUGUCAGUGUUAUUAUUAUUUUCUGAUUUGAUAUAACCUAGAUCUUUAUUCAUGUUUUUAGUUUUAAAAGUCCUCCCUUUAAAAAAGGGCUCGGAGAGGAGAGUCCUGUCUCCUGCUAUCUCUGUGGGGAUCACGUGCCUGAGAAGGUAACUGCAUGAGGGAGUUUGCCACAGUAACUUACAGGAAGUAGGCAGAAUUAUUGCAUGCUAAAACUGUGCUCAGCACUGACUAGCUGAUGUCAAUUGUGUGUGCUUGUGUUUGUGUGCGCACAUGUAUGAGUGAAAGAAGAAGUGAGUGAGACACAGGAGAUUGUAGAAUUAAGGUGCUAUGUGUGUCACUUACACAUCAGUACACGCAGUGAUAAGGUUUACUAACAAUAGCAUCAUCAUGAAGAUCAGCAUCCCACACAAACACUUGGACAUUUUGUGGCUCUAACUCACAUCUGUUAAGAAGUGUGCUUCAUUGUUUCUGCUGAUAGCAGACAAAAGAUGCUCCAAAAUGCAAAGAGCAUAAUGAGUUCAGACAUGUUUGUCCUUUUUAAGUCAAGAGAAUGAUGCGCAUGGAGAAGUGGAGUGUCAUUUGUGACUGAGUUUAUGAUAAAUGAAGUUUAAAUAUUAUGAAACACAAGCAACGAUGGUGUUCUAAAGAGGUUACCCUAACUUUUGUCCUGUUUAUUUAAGAGAAAGAUUCCAUUCUGCUGACAUGCUGGUUUGAAUUGCUACACACAGCACCUUGAUCGAAUAGCACAACUGUUAUUUUACAGCCUACUUGGAAAGGGUUGUUCUUUUCUACAUCAGAAUGUAUAAUAUUUAGACUAUCGGUGAAUUACAUUUGCCAAAGACGAGUUAAAAACUGCAAGUCAGAGCAGGAAGUCAGAACCAAACACAGAGUUUACUUCACUCAGUUUUAUUAAUGUUUGUUCUGUUGAGGUAUCUGUAUGAUUCUUCAGUGUUGUUGCACAAAACAUUGCUUCUCAGAACAACAAAGCACUUUGUCUGCCUUCAUUGUACUUAAGCUCCACGGUAACUGUGCUGAUGCACAUACAGACCUAUGAAGAUGUCGAACAAAGAGUCCCAGACUGACUUUGAAGUCCUUGAUAUUCUCAGUAAGUUCAGCAAAAUGUAAGUUUGACAGAACUCAGAGGCUCUGAGCCUGACUACGGAAACUGUUUUGCUGACAUGUGCAUGGGGUUGAAUCUUCUAUUGAAUGUAUUGCCUGUUCCUGAAAUAUCUGUCAAAUGAGCUGUUCAUCUUUUUCUAUGAAAAUACAGGUGAAAACAUUU